GCCCGCGUCCUUUCCUUGGCGUGAUUCCGUCCUGCGUCUGCCCUCGGCCGCGGAGCCGCCCUCCUCCGUCCGCCCUCGCCGCGCGCCGCCCAUGGAGGACUCGAUGGACAUGGACAUGAGCCCGCUGCGGCCCCAGAACUACCUGUUCGGUUGUGAGCUGAAGGCUGACAAAGAUUACCACUUCAAGGUGGAUAAUGACGAAAACGAGCACCAGUUAUCCCUGAGAACGGUUAGUUUAGGGGCUGGUGCAAAAGAUGAAUUGCACAUCGUUGAAGCAGAGGCAAUGAAUUAUGAGGGAAGUCCAAUUAAGGUUACACUGGCAACUUUGAAAAUGUCUGUACAGCCAACGGUGUCCCUUGGGGGCUUUGAAAUCACACCACCUGUGGUCCUGAGGCUGAAGUGUGGGUCAGGGCCUGUGCACAUCAGCGGGCAGCACUUAGUUGCUGUGGAGGAGGAUGCAGAGUCAGAAGAUGAAGAAGAGGAGGAUGUAAAGCUGUUGAGCGUGUCUGGAAAGCGAUCUGCCCCUGGAGGUGGUAGCAAGGUUCCACAGAAAAAAGUAAAGCUUGCUGAGGAAGAUGAGGAAGAAGAGGAUGAAGAUGAUGAGGAGGAGGAGGAUGAUGAUGAUGAUUUUGAUGACGAGGAAGCAGAAGAAAAAGUUCCAGUGAAGAAAUCUAUACGAGAUACUCCAGCCAAAAAUGCACAAAAAUCAAACCAGAACGGAAAAGACUCAAAACCAGCGACACCAAGAUCAAAAGGUCAAGAAUCCUUCAAAAAACAGGAAAAAACUCCUAAAACACCAAAAGGACCUAGUUCAGUAGAAGACAUUAAAGCAAAAAUGCAAGCAAGUAUAGAAAAAGGUGGUUCUCUCCCCAAAGUGGAAGCCAAGUUCAUCAAUUACGUGAAGAAUUGCUUCCGGAUGACUGACCAGGAGGCUAUUCAAGAUCUCUGGCAAUGGAGGAAGUCUCUUUAAGAAAGUACUUUGAACAGUUUGUUGAAAUUUUCCGUCUCAUUUCAUUUCUGUAAGAGUUGAUAUCUGGCUGUCCUUUUUAUAAUGCAAAGUGAGAACUUUCCCUACUGUGUUUGAUAAAUGUUGUUCAGGCUCCUGCUGCCAAGAACCUGUUGUCCAAAAUGCCUGUUUAGUUUUUAAAGACUGAGCUCCACCUGUGCUUGGACUUAAGUAUGUGUGGAAUGCUAUGGUGGGCCUAGUAGAAGUGAUGGUCAGAUGUGAAGAUGGUGGGGUACAAAAUAUACACGGGAAAUAAACUCAGUAUUUUAAUAAAGUA